AUGAAAUCAAUUAUUUUAAUAUUUUCUUUGAUAUUCCUCUUUAAUUGUGUAUUAUCGGUUGAUGUCUUGGUGACAGAAAUCUAUCAAGGUACAUCAUGUGAUCCUUUGAAAUUAAUUAAAACUCAACUCAACAGUCCAUGUACCGCCUACGGUAAACUUAGCUUCAAUACAACUCAUUACUUUUUGUUGACCACCGAUCCCGACAAACUUAACCCGAAAUGCGAUGGAUACAAUCAAACCAGUGGAGUACCAGAACCAUUAAACAAAUGCCAGUCCGACCGUCUCGAUAGCAGAGUCAGCUACAUCAUCAGAAGAAAGAGCGCUCAAGCAGAGUCGGACAUUCUCCAAAUGGUAAAUCCAAACACCUGCAGUCAAAUCAUUACCUACGGUUCGAGCAAUUGCACUAGCAACAUGGUAAUGUUUAACUUCCCACAACACAUCUGUUUCCCGGGUGGACUCUCGGAUGGAAAACUCGGAUAUCUCCGUACCAACUGUACCAGUAACAAUACAUUCGUCUACGAGUGUGGACAAGAUGCAAGCUGCUCCAACUGUACCCUUCUGUCAAGUCCAGCCAACAACCAAUGUGUUCAAAGUCCAAAUCCAUUUUUGAAUCCAAUGUACAGCUCCUUCCAAUACAACAAAGAGAGUAUUGUCACACCAACUCCAACUCCAACUCCAAUGACCAACAACACCACUCCAAAACCAAGCAAACCAGUUGUUGUUGAUUCAACAAACACAUCCUCAAAUCUAUUUGUAUCAUUCCUUCAACUAUCAAUUUCUUUAUUGAUAACUCUAUUAUUCUUAAGUAUUCAAAUGUAUAUGAAAAAAACAAAAUAUGCACCAUCUUUGAAGCCGUCAUCAGUUGGUAGUAGCAGCUCAAGCGGUGCAGGUAGCAGUCAUAUCGCCAAUGACAUUGACUCUUCACCGAUCGACAAAAAUGGAAAUGUAUUAUAUAAUCCAGACUACACUCAUUAUGUUGUUCACUGUCAAAAGACUGAAUACGAUGUUUAUAUAGGUAGAAAGAAUCCAAAAAUUGACCAAAGUGGUAAUUUUAAGUGGGGCAAUCCAUUCAAAGUUGGAACUCAUGGCGAUAGAAACGAAUGUGUUUUGAAGUAUAGAGAUUGGAUUUUCCAUAAGGAUCAGAGUGAGUUGUUCCAGCAAGCAAAGAAAGAGUUGCAUGGAAAGAUCAUUGCAUGUUGGUGUUCACCUUUGAACUGCCACGGCUAUGUAUUGGCUGAGAUUGCCAACUCCAGCGUGACAAACAUCGAUUAUAAAUCGGUUUCAAAACCAUCGGUUAGAACUACCUAUGCCGAUCCAAAUCAGUCCAAGAUAACAUCGUUCUUUGUAAAGAAAGAGGUCAACGACACUGCACCAUCUUAUAAACCAGAUCCAAACUCAUGGGCAUCUCUCAUUCAAAAAGAACAAAACACCACCAAACAGCAAACUACUUCAAAUUCAUCAACAACAUCUACUGUCACCAGCUCAGUUGUUGCCACAAAACCAGUUGUUGACUCUGAAAAGGAUUUCCCAACCCUUGGACUAAAGAAAAAGUAA